AUGGCUACCGGUCUUCCCAGCGGCUGGGAGGUUAGACACUCCAACUCCAAGAACCUCCCCUACUAUUUCAACCCCUCGACCAAGGAGAGCAGAUGGGAGCCUCCUUCCGGCACCGACAGCGAGACUCUGAAGCAUUACAUGGGCACCUACCACAGCUCUGCCAGCCUGCGACCCGACGGCCAAGGCCAACAAGAAGGCAAGAUCCGCGCCUCGCAUCUGCUCGUCAAGCACAAAGACUCUCGCCGCCCUUCGAGUUGGCGUGAGGCCCAGAUCACUCGCUCCAAGGACGAUGCUAUGACCAUCAUCCUCGGCCACGAAGCCAGAAUCAGAAGCGGCGCAACCAGCCUCGGCGACCUGGCCACCACUGAGAGCGAUUGUAGCAGCUCUAGAAAGAGAGGUGACCUGUAUGUCUCAUUGCAUCUUCUUGGAGACUCUCAUCCACUGACCCACUCCUCCCAGCNNGGUUUCUUUGGCAAGGGCGACAUGCAGAAGGAGUUUGAAGAUGCCGCAUUUGCUCUGAAGCCUGGCGAGGUCAGCCAUGUAGUCGAAACUGCCUCUGGUCUGCACCUGAUUGAACGAACAGCUCCACUAUGCCUCCCGCAACUCAACCUCGCCAUCGUCGUCCUUCGUGGAGACAGUCACGCGUUUCACACCGCACANUACCUCGAGACAGACUUCAGUCGCAAUCAGGAGCAUGAGAUGCCUGCUGACGCCGAUGCUGAUACUUUCUAUUACAAUGCUGCCUUCGUUGUCGAAUGGAUAUUACCAGCAGACCUCAGGCUUCGCUUGCCCGAGCCUCUUGUGACAGAGCUCGACGACUGGCAAGCUGCAGGCGCCGCCGUUUGCACAGCACUGGCUCGAAUUGAUAAGCUCGAUGACGAAAGUCUUCAUCGAGGCUGGCCCUCCAGACCCAACGGACAUCUCUCGCGUACUACUUCUGACUGCUCUGCCACUGGAUCGCCCCAAUCCCCUACCACAGGACCUUUGAAAAUGUCGUCUCCUCAGACACGAGCUGCUCUCCCUUCACUUCAGACAAGUUUCGGCAGCACCUUAUCGACCACUCCAGACACGCCACCUUUUACUCCCCGCGACAGCAUCAUGGGCGAUGAGGUUGAUGAGAUGAGCGCAUCAUUUCGCGACAAGGCCAGUCUCGAGCACGUUAAUUCCAUGCUGGCCACCAGAGUCCGACACGCUUCAGAGUCUGCUGGUUCUCCAUCGCCAACAAUGAGCCCUAUCUCUCGUCAAUCCUCAAACGAACUCACCGCUACCGAUCAACAGUUCGACGAGAGUGCUUGGGAGACAUUCCUGCGAUCGUAUGAAGCCGAGCUCGAUCAUCUUCGAUCGGAGACGUUGGUUUGCUUCAGGCACAUUGGCAAGUCUGUAGACAGACUUUGGCUUGGUCUCAGAUGCGAUGGUGUACAGCCAGUAUCUAGAUCGACGGCUGCUGACUUUGUCGCCUGGUGGAGAAGGAUGAAUGAGAAGGAGCAAGAGUACGAGAAAGAAGUCCAGAUGCUGGAAGUGCCUCAACUCGAGCUGGUCAGUUUCCAACGCGUAUCACAGGGUCUGCCUACCUGA